UUAAACGAGUGAGGAAGCUCUAGGCGCAGUACAUAUCUAUUUUUAAUUCGAAAUCUAAUUAUAAAUUAAAUAGAAAAUGAAGUUCUACGUGUUGGUAUUGGUAGCAGUGGCCUAUUUGGUAUAUGUGCACGCGGAUGCCUGUGUGCAAUGUAACUCCGCCAGUGAUCCGAAAUGCGCUACCGAGCCAGAAAACUAUCUGGCCAAAUCGUGCAGUGUUAAUACAUCCGUGUGCUAUACCCGAGUGCUUAAUGGCAAUACGAUUCGUGGUUGUGCUUCUGAAUUGGACAACGCCACAGCUGCUGCUUGCCACAAUGAAUUGGACUGUCUGAUUUGCACCUUUUCCGAAGGAUGUAAUCGUCGCAUCUUCCCCUUGAGUCGUGCCCAGUGCCUGCAAUGUUCGGACAACUCCACGGCCGAAUGCGCCAAAAAUGUCUAUGCCAAACCCGCUGUAUGCCCAAUUUACAAGCUCGGCGACAAAUGUUUUAUUAGAAAUGAUGGCAAAAACAAAACCGAGUCUUUCCAACGCGGUUGUCUAUCCUCCGCUCAGGCUAAGAAGCUCUGCGUAAAUGAGUCGAAUUGUUUCACUUGUGAAGGUGUCGGUUGCAAUUUUCUCGCUGCAAAUAGUGAACAGGUUCCGCUGGCUCGUGAUGGCGCGGCAUUUGCUGGCUUUUCCAUUGCACUGCUCUGCGCUGCUUUGGCCACGCUGCGCUUGGCUUAAGUUUUAAACAAACAUAACAAAACUAUUUGAAUAUUUUCUUUUUUACUUUAAUAUGUUUGUAAUAAGUGCGAGCCAUAUGACGAUUGUUGGCCGAAACGGCCAAUAUUAAAAGUCUUUGUAUCAAAUAAAUGUUGGACAAAAAACAAA